AAAGCGCCGCUCUGUACGUAACGUUACAUGCGGUUUAUCAAGCUAACUAGCCACACACACGUGCUGUACGGACUUUCUGCUCCUUCCCAAACAUAAAACUACAGUCUGGCCAAAGGAACGGAAUUGUGAAAUUAUCAGGAUUUAAAGAGACGGACGACUUUGAUUUGACCUUCUAAAGUAAGAGUGUAGGCUGCACUCUUCAUUGAAGCUGAACCCCGCUGAACCUCAUGAGUUUUGUGGAAUACUCCGAGAUCGUCCAAGAAGGGGAUGUCGUCAUUAUCUUCCUGGGUCAUGAGUCCAUGAUGCCUAUCAAAGUUCAGUCAGGAGCUCAGACGCAGACCCGCUAUGGGGUCAUCCGGCACUCCAGCGACCUGAUUGGACAGCGGUUUGGUUCCAAAGUGACCUGCAGUAAGGGUGGUUGGGUUUACGUGCUGCACCCCACACCAGAGCUGUGGACUGUCAACCUUCCCCACCGAACACAGAUCCUCUACACCACAGACAUUGCCAACAUCACACUGUUGCUGGAGCUCAAACCGGGCUCUGUCGUCUGCGAGUCAGGUACAGGCAGCGGCUCUCUGUCUCACUCUAUUCUGCGGACCAUUGCUCCAACCGGCCACCUGCACACAGUGGAGUUCCACGCUCAGCGAGCCGAAAAGGCCGUCCAGGAGUUCAAGGAGCACAAGGUGUCUCACCUGGUUACUGUUAGAAACCAGGAUGUGUGCAAGGAUGGCUUUGGCAUCACAGGAAUAGCUGAUGCGGUUUUUUUAGACAUCCCCUCUCCGUGGGAGGCAAUCACACAUGCCAAGAGUGCCAUGAAACGCAAAGGAGGUCGUCUCUGUUCCUUCUCGCCGUGUAUAGAGCAGGUCCAGAGGACUUGUGAGGCAUUAUUGGACCAUGGCUUUGAGGAGAUCUGCACAUUGGAGGUUCUGCUCCGUGUGCAUGACGUUCGUACUGUCACUCUGCUCUUACCAGACUUCGGACCGGAGCAGGACUCUGCCGACAGCAGCCAGGUGGCUUCAGAUCUUAGUCAAGAUGAAGUCCCAAACACUGGGAACACCUCUGUGAUCUGCAGGACUGCCACACCUCCCAGAGAAAUGGCAGGACACACAGGAUACCUCACCUUUGCUACCAAACCACGCAACUAGAAGCAUAACUGAAGCUGAUGGAGACUGUUGUAGAGUUUGAGUAUAAAUGCAAACUCUCUAAAUAUCUUGAAUGCAAGGACGUCACCUGUACACACCCUUUGUAUGGUCUAUUUUUAUUUUUUUUUAGCUUUAUUUAGAUAAAAGAAUGGUUAACAGCUAGAUGGGCUUUUACAUUAAUGUAACAGUUCAUGCUAUUAAAAACUCAGUACAGGUUGAUGCUCCUUUUUAUUUGUUUGCUGCUUUUUUUUUUUUUAGUAGAUUGUUUUACUACAAUAAAUUAUAUUGGAAUGGGAAAAAAAACAUCUUCAUAGUUUCUUUCUCUUGUGCUGUUUACAUGGCAACUUUGUAUGACUGUCUGCUGCUGAAUGCAACUAGUACACAGAUAUCUGACCUCUCAGAGAACACAAGAUAGAGUGACUUGGAAAUUUAUGCUCCCCAUGACGUGCUUUAUUUUAGAGCAGAAUGUCAGUCAACAUUAUGAAAGCUUUUAUUGUGGGGUUUCCAUUUGUGUU